AUGCAACAACCGGAGCGGGCAAGAGCGUGUGGCGCCGGAGCCAAAUCUUCUGCCGAUCGCCGUCCAGUUGACCCUCCACCUGUUGUUGAGCUACGCAUCUUCGAAUCCGACCCUGCCAAUGAUGCCCAGCAAACCGACAUCACCUUCGCAUACAACGCUAAUUUCUUCCUUUACGCAACACUUGACACCGCACGUCCGAUCGCCCAUGGUCGGGUCGCCGGACCCCCAUCGUGUCCUGUCUUAACUGGUGUGCCGGUCGCUGGGGUCGCAUACCUCGACCGUCCUUCGCAAGCCGGCUACUUUAUUUUCCCCGAUCUUUCGGUGCGCCAUGAGGGACGGUACCGUUUGAACUUCCACCUUUACGAAGAGAUUAAGGACGCCAAGGAUGCUGAUAAGGACUCGACACUGCCUCUGCCCAACCAAGUCAAUGCUCACACGAAUCCCGGCACGCCUCAAGCAUACCUUCAUUUCCGCCUCGAGGUCAAGUCUGUACCGUUCACCGUGUACAGCGCUAAGAAGUUCCCUGGGUUGGCUACAAGCACGUCUUUGAGCAGGAUUAUCGCGGAGCAGGGUUGUCGUGUACGAAUUCGUCGCGAUGUUCGCAUGAGGCGACGAGGCGACAAGCGCGAGGAAGAUUAUGAAUUUGACGAGGAACGGGCUGCGGCAUAUGCGAGAACAUCGGAUCGAUACACCACACCGGACAGAUAUGUCAACUCGAUAGAGCGCCCGCGGUCCAACAGCAAUGGUAGCAAUGUCGAAUCGCCAUAUGCGUAUGUUCCACCUGAUCGACGACCAUCGGCGCCCGACUAUGGCUUCCAGUGCCCGCCGCAACCAUACCAGCGACCUAUGCCACCAGCUCCCAUGUCCCAUGCCUCUCAAACACCCUCUUACCAAUCCCAUUUAUCAUUCGGCUCGACACCAUCUCAUUAUCCGGCCCCUCACAUGCCGCCCACGCCUCCUCCAAUCGCUCCCCAGGGCAUCUACUCCCCGCAAAAUGCCUACGCGCAGAUCCGAAACCCAUCCACCACUUCUGAAUAUGAGGGGACACCCUACACGUAUCCUAUGGCACCACACAUAGCCUCAGAUCGCGUUGGCUACCCCAAGCCACCGAGCCCCCCCAAUCUUUACGGGCCCAUGCCUCAAAUUGCAGUGGCACACUCUCAACCUUCGACUAUGCCUCAGCCCGUGGCGCCUAUCAAGAUUCAAAGCGACUACAGCAGCUCGCUCGUCCCCUCGGAGGAAUCCUUGUCACCUGGUGCCAGCUCAUACGACGACGUUGCAGGGAAACGUAUGCUGUAUCACACCGGGCCAACAUAUGGAAAGCGAUCACAUGAAGAUACUUUCGGUCUCGAUGAGCGCCCGAUGCAGAACGGUAUGCGACCAGAUGCUGAGCCUUACCACCCACCAGGCUAUCGCGAUUACUCGGGAGAAAGUAGAGCUGCAUUGAUGGCUGAAUUGGGUAUUGAGAUGGCUUACAAGCGUGCCAACGGCAAAACCGUUAUGAAAGCUGCUCCGUCGACUUGA